CCACAACUCACGAUGGGUGCCGCUCCAGAGACUCUGCCGACGACCACUGCGCCGCCAAAGGCGCGCUCGAACCGCUGGGCGCGGCUCGGCGCACUCGUGCUCGCGCUCGGCGCUGCCCCGUUCCUGCUGUCUGGCGGGCCCGACUUUGGCCUGCUCUCGGCGGCCCCCAAGCCGACCCUCACGCGCACGCAGAUCGACGCCGCGCUCAAGGCCGCGGCAUGCGAGCAGGCGGACGCCAUCCUCCCGCAAGCGUUCAACGCGUCGGCCGUCAUCAACGGCGAGAAGGACCAGAUCGUUGCUUGGCUCUCGGACGCCGUCAAGAUCCCCACUGAGAUGUUCGACGUCAUGGGCCCUGUGGGCGAGGACCCGCGCUGGGACGUGUUCUACCAGUGGUCCGACUACCUCGAGAAGGCGUUCCCGCUCGUGCACCAGCACCUCACCCGCACGCGGGUGCAGGAGCACGCGCUCAUCUUCGAGUGGCCGGGCUCGGACGCGUCCCUCAAGCCGCUGCUGCUGAUGGGCCACUCGGACGUUGUCCCAGUGCUUCCGGCUACGCGCGGGCUGUGGACGCACGACCCGUUCGGCGGCGAGUUUGACGGCGAGAAGAUCUGGGGGCGCGGCUCGACCGACGACAAGUCGGGCACGAUUGGCGCGCUGGCCUCGGUCGAGCUGUUGCUGAAAUCCGGCCAGUUCAAGCCCACGCGUACCCUCAUCCUCGCGUUCGGCAGCGACGAGGAGACUGGCGGCAAGGUCGGCGCCAAGAACCUCGCCAAGUGGAUCCUCGAGAAGUACGGCCCCGACUCGAUGGCCAUGAUCGUCGACGAGGGCUCGGGUAUCUCGCCCCUGUACGGCGGCUGGUUCGGCCUGCCCGCCGUCGGCGAGAAGGGAUACCUCGAUGUCGAGGUCAAGGUCGAGACGCUUGGCGGUCACUCGUCGGUCCCGCCCGCACACACCGGCAUCGGCCUCAUCUCGCUCCUGCUCGCCGAGAUCGAGCGUAACCCGCACAAGCCGGUCCUCAAGGCCGAGUCGCCGCUCGUGUCCCUCGUGUCGUGCGCUGCCAACGCUCCCUCUGCGCCCUCGGACCUCCGCAAGCUCAUCGACAAGCUCAACAAGUCGAUUGAGAAGGGCCACCCCGACAAGGACAUCCUCAAGCGUCUCCGCGACUGGUGGGUCUCCGGCUCGGCCGAGCAGGGUGUGCUCCCCCCUGGCGUCGGCAAGGCGCUCGUGUCGACCACGCAGGCGGUGGACAUUAUCAACGGCGGUGUCAAGGUCAACGCGCUGCCCGAGGUCGUGACUGCGUUCGUCAACCACCGCAUCGACAUCUCGUCGUCGGUCGAGGCGCUCCAGAAGCGCCUGAUCCACACGCUUGGCCCCGUCGCCGCGCAGUACGGCCUCGACUUUGAGGCGUUCGGCGAGGGCGUCGACACGAGCGUGUUUGCCGACGAGCAGGGCUGCCACGGCUUCAAGGGCCACAAGGGCAAGAAGCCCGCGCCGCACGCCGGCAAGCUGACCAUUGGCGAGGCGUUCAACUCGUCGCUCGAGCCCGCCCCCCUCUCGCCCUUCACUGUCGAGUCGUCGGCCUGGCGCCUCCUCGCCGGCACGUCGCGCGGCGUGUUCGCCACCCGCCCCGAGUCGUACCGCUCCGACGAGGAGGCCGCCCAGGAGCUCCAGUUCGCGCCCUUCCUCUCCACCGGCAACACCGACACCAAGCACUACUGGGGCCUGACGGGCAACAUCUACCGCUUCGCCUACAUGUUCAUUGGUGGUAACGGCCUCAACAACAUCCACACCGUCGACGAGUGGAACGACGCCAACGGGUUCGUCGAGCAGGUGCGCUGGUUUGCCAACUUUAUCGUCAACGUCGACGAGAGUCGCGAGAUUUGA